AUGCCGGGAGGGACCGGGACAACUGACAGGACAGGACUGAGCCUCGCCCGGCUCUGCUCCCGCUGGGGUCGCUUCCCGGGUCCGCCCGCGGGGCUCGGGCCUCUGUGGUGUCCGAGGUGUGUAGCAGUGGAAACCCUCGGGAUCUCACGACCCCGCUUUUUCCAAAAACGGUGGUGCUGCCAGUGUGUGAAACCCCCGUCUCGGGGCUGGAGUGAGGACAGACCAGCACACCUGGCCAAGCUCACACGCUCCGCGGUACCUGCCAGGGAUCAGCUCCCCUGGGACAUCCAGCAGCAGGGGCUGGUUUUGGGGCCCGAGCCCAGAGUUUGUCUCAGCCCUCUGCAGUCCUGCCAGGGUAAACCAGCACAUACAUUCCUUGUGAUCCACGUAUCUCCUCCCUCCCCACAGCGCCUGACCAAACACACCAAGUUUGUGCGGGACAUGAUCAGGGAAGUCUGUGGCUUCGCGCCCUACGAGCGCCGCGCGAUGGAGCUGCUGAAAGUGUCCAAGGACAAACGUGCUCUCAAGUUCAUCAAGAAGCGGGUUGGCACUCACAUCCGGGCCAAGAGGAAGCGGGAGGAACUCAGUAAUGUCCUGGCAGCCAUGAGAAAAGCUGCUGCAAAGAAGGAUUGAGUUGUACAGGCUGUAACACAAUAAAGUCCUUUCUCCCAAAACCA